AUGAAGGUAAAGACAUUUCUAGUUGGACUCAAUGUCGUUCAAUUCACGGCCCUGGUAUCAGCUGUGCCUCAUGCACGAAGAGCCAAUUCAAGUGGAAUGACACACGCGGAAGAGAUGUUCAACACAGCAAUCGAAUGGAAUGAUGGCUUCUGGGAUGAAGACGCGGGAUACUUGAUUGCAGCAGCGAGCAAUGAUGGUCGCUAUGACAGUCGUCAUUCAGGCUGGUAUGCUACUCAGCUGUUGGCCCGGAACGGACCUGGAGAUGUUGCAAGAGCCAUCCGUAUCUUUGACAAUCUCAUCUCUGCUCAAUACCUCAAUCCUGAAUGGCAAUGGUACGGUGAUUGGCAGGGGUCACCGUCACAGCCCUUACCUGGGACACCUGAAUAUGUCGAUAGCAUAUACAAUUCGUGGGAUCCCAAUAUCCGCGAUUUCGUCGGUUUCACCAAAGUUGAGAGCUCAUUACACGUUGCUGCUAAGGGUGACCUUUACCGAGUUGGUGGCGUUGAUGGAGACAAUCUUUACCCAUGUUAUUCGAACCCGUGGUUGAUGCGAACCAUCCUGCAGAACUGGGUUGGUACACGUCUUGGUGACAAGAACUUGACCGAUGCCAGUAACAAGUUUGCUCAAGAGUUCUAUGAUCUCUGGAGCCAGCACAACACUCUUUCCGAAUUCAACUCUCCAACAUAUGCAGGUGUUUCCAUGUGGGCACUGUCUCUCUGGAGUAAGUAUUCGAGCGAGGAUAGUUUGCUGAAGAAGUACGUGCCGGAGAUCCUGACUACGACUUGGAACGAUGUCUCUGAUCUAUAUAAUGCAAAUCUUCGCAAUUUGGCUGGUCCCUGGGACCGCACAUAUGGUUACAAUAUGAAAAAGUACACCUCGCUGGUCGCUGCCGUCAUCUGGGGUGCUGUUGGACGUGCACAUGCGCCAUUCCCUAAGCAGACAUCUGGGAUGUACCAUCAAGAUGAUUUUGCGUUUUACCCUCUCUUCGCACUCAGUAUGCCUGAAAUGUUGAAGUAUUUGUCCGAGGAAUCGAAAUCGAAGUUCAUCACAUUCCCUGGCGAGCACUUCUUCACUGGGCAGGCUUACUCACCACCUUUUGAUACAUACCCUCGAAACAUCACAACUUGGAUGUCAGAGAAUAUUACCAUUGGCGCCGAGACGGUUUCUGAAAGUGUGGUUGGAGGACCAGCUGAGAGCACUAGUGCUUUCAGUCCUGCCGUCAUCCAGUGGGCUAUCAAUGAUUACCAAGUUGGAUGCAUUUCACACUGGGUGACAGAGUCCUCAAUCCAUGCGGUGGCAUCUCCAGGGUCCUUGAAACUCUCCUAUCCCAACGUGACUGCAUCGGAUAGCCCAGUAUCCUUCAACUUCUUGUUCAGUGGAUUCGAUAUCCGUCAUCCCAGCUUCAAUGUUACCGGACUUGAGGGCCUGCCUAGCCUAGCUCUGAAGGUCGAGACAAAUGCUGCUGAUGACUAUACUAUUGUUUAUGACACUGACCAAAGUGUCAAUGAUUUUAUCUUCUACAAUAUCACCUAUACUAUGCCAGAGGGUUUUACUGAAGAGCCAUACAUCUCUCUCCAGGUUGUUUAA